AUGAUGAAGCAAGAUGAAUCUGUUUUGAAGACACUUGAAAAGAAAACAACUCAAGAAAUCAGACAGAGUCCAAGAUUACAUAAAACAAAAACGAAAAAGUCGAUGAAGCAAGAAAAAUUUGUUUUCAAGACACCUGAAAAGAAAACAACUCAAGAAAUCAGACAGAGUCCAAGACUUAAAAUGAUUGAAUACAAAAAAUCUGUGACUCCUAUUAAAGUUGAAGAUAGCCUUGUAAAGAAAGAAUCUGAUGAAAAAAUAACAGGAAAAAGAAAAACAAAAACAAAGACUCUGGAAGUAGUCAAAGAAAAAAAGGCAAAAGUGCCAAUAAAUCCAAAUGACAGAGUAUCUUUGAGAACAAGAAUGAGCCCAAAGAAGUUUUAUGAUAUUGUUAAAUCUAUAAACAAAGAACAGAGAAAAGCUGUCAGAGAAAUGGGAUUGGGAUCUUUGCUGAGAAUUGCAACCAAUGGAAUUUCUGGGAAAUUGGCACGUUUUGUUGUGAAUUCAUUCAAUCCAUCAGAUAUGAAAAUCCAUCUACCUAAUGCAAAGAUAGACAUAACACCAGAACUUGUUCAUGAUUUGCUUGGAAUUCCUCUAGGUGGAAAAGAUAUAUAUAACACUGAUCAAUGUGAAGGAAAAGAAUUAAUGGACUGGAAGCAACAAUACAAUUUCAAGGCUAUGAGACCAUCAGAUGUUGAAGAGAAAAUUAAAGAAUCAUCAGAUUCAGGGAUUAUUUUCAGAACAAACUUUGUAUUAUUGUUUGUUAAUACCAUUUGUGAACAGAAUAAGCCUGGAACUUGUAAGACAACAGUAUUGCCACAUUUGUUAGGCAAAACACCUAUGAGAGAAAUUGACUGGUGUGGUUUUAUAACCAAUUGCUUGAAAAUGUCAAAGACGACAUGGGAUGAAACCGAUAGAGGAAACUACUAUUGUGGGCCACUUCUUGUAUUAUUGCUAGCUUAUUUGGAGUUUAUGAGAAAUGAUAAGAAUGAAAAAAGACAAAUACAUGCACUACAUUUUUGGGAUUAUGAAAUGAUGGUGAAAAGGGAAAAAGCUGAGUUAAAGAGUGGUGACUUUGGAACUUUGGAAUGGAAUGAUGAUGUUAUAGAGAAUGAUGAAAAAUCUGACACCGAUGAAAAUGAAGAUAUGAAACUCGAUGAAUUGGUAUUCAAAGCGAAAAAGGAUUACAAAAAACUAGUGAAUGAUAAAAUGAAGUUUGGAAAGUUAAUUGAGUUUUCAACAACAAAAUUCACAGAAAGCGAUGAGUUGAAAGAUAUGAAGAAAGUCUUUGAACAAGAAUUCAUUUAUAAAACUCAAAAUGAAGAUGAUGCAAAAGGUGACAGGGAUGAAGAUGAAAAAAAAAGCAAAGAGAAUUUGAAUGAACAUGAAAUAAAGAAUCAAACAAUCAUGGAAGGAGAUGAAAGCAGUGAAGAUGAACACAUGAAGAAAGAAAUAAAAGAUGAAAAACUUGAUGAAGGAGAAAGUUAUGAUUCAGAAGAAACAGAAUGUGACAAUAAUAUCUUGGGAAUUAAAGAUGAUGAAGACAAAAAAAGAGAAGUAGGAAAAAGAUUAAAAAAACCAUCACUAAAGCUAUCUUCCCCUUAUAAUAAAAAACAGGUAUGUGCAUCAAAAUUUGUAGAUCCAGAUGAAGUAAAAGUAUCAGAUAGAAUUUUUUCCAGAAUUGGUAAUAGCAGUGAGAAGGUAUUUCAGACUAAGAGAGGGUAUGUGCUUGGAAGAGGAAUGAUUGAAACAAUGCAGGCAGGAUUAUGGGUACAUGCACAUGUCAUUGAUGCUUGGACUGAUAUUUUGAACUAUGAAGAAAAGCUUAAAUCAAAUUCUACACUGAAUCGGUAUUUCUUUGAUACAUCAAUUGUGUUCAUAUUUGAUAAAAAUAUCCCUUUCAAUCAAAGAUUUGAUAAAUUUGAGUCAAAUAUCAAAGAUGCAAUGAAAAAGGACAAAGAAUUUCUGACAUUUGAAAAAGUUCACUUGGUGUUUUUACCAGUUCAUCAAAAAAAUCACUUUUACAUCAUCUGCAUAAACUUAAAGGAACCAGCGGUUGAUGUCAUUGAAAAUAGGAAUUCAGUUGCAAAGUUUUCUAGAGCUUAUCGUGAUGCACCUAAUGAAUUGGUACUUGAUGAGGGUCAAUCACAAAUCAGCUUUAACUUUGGAGGGUGUUGA